AAGAUGAUUCUCUAUGUAUGGCUGCUGUUUUACAUUGUUUCUCAUGCUGAGGCAAAAUGUGCAAAACAUUUUUAUUACGACGGACUUCUCGAGGAAUGUCAGCAUUGCGCCAGUAGAUGCAACUCUCCACCCAGUAUUUGCACAACAUACUGUACCUCAAUACCAGAAAAUGAAGUUGAAAAGAGCCAAAAUAUACAUUUUAUUUUGAUCAUAGUUUUUUCUUUCCUGGGAGCUUUCAUGGCACUGACCAUUAUUUUGAGAGUUAUUCGCAGAAAAACCUGUAAGCCCAUUGUCAUCAAAAAAGUAUUAGGUCAAGAACAAAAAACAUCUGUGAGUGAGAGAAGCUCGGCUGUCACAGAUCAAUCUGAAGAUGCAGAUGAAGCUACGACUGACCAAAGAUCACCUAAUGAGAGAUUAAAUCAACAUCACUACAACUCCAACCUUCCUCUGCCCUCCACUGAAGAAGGCACAACGUUGCUGGUUACUACUAAGACUGUGCAAGCUUAUCACUGUACACCUGUCACAUAGAGAAAAGAGAAACUAUUAUUUAGUGGCAUGGCACCAUGUGCAGUACAGUAGACCAUGAAUCAUUUUUGAGAAAUCAGACUAUGUGCUUAUGUGCUUAUUAUGGACACAUUGUUGUUGUCUAAUGAACUAAACACAUAAAAAGAGCAUGCAUUUGGCUAGUGAACUGCAGUUUUUUGUAUGUUUUUUAAACAUACUUAUUAUCUGUGAUGUAAGACUUUAAGGGGCAGUUUCCUGGGUUUAUCCUAGACUAAAAUGCAUGUUUCAGCUGCCUUAAUUUUAAAAUACUUUGUACAGACAUAUCUUAACAUAUAUCAGUGUCAUUGUUUUGUCUCAAGAUGCACACCAGUAUUGUUUUUUGUAAGAUUUGUUUGUAAAAACUCCUUAAAUGUCCUAAUAUAUCUAAGGCCUAGUCCUGAAUUAAGCUAAACCCUGUCCGGGAAACGGACCCUAAAAGUUUUAAAAACCUUGUCAGUCUUAUUUGUUUCUGUUUUUCUUUAAUUUUUAAAAAAAUUGAACCUGGUAAGGUAUUUGUUUCUAAUAUUAAAAUAUAUUGGCUGCCUAUUAUACUACCUUAUGAAAUUAAUUCGUAGCAAGAAAGAAAUGUAUACAUGUGAGCCAUAAAUGCAUCUGUUCAAAUGUUUA